AUGGGUAUCGACGGAGCCGUUCUCGUUCAUCGAGUCGUCAGUCGAAGCACCGCAGUGGCAGGAGUCGAACCCAAAGUCCGCAAGUUUAGAUUUGAAACUUUGUAUGAGUCGCCGUCUGGAAUAAAAAUUCAGUUGAAACCUCUAGUUCUAGCCUCAGACAGCGAGAGGCUCCGCAAUCAGGACAUUGACUUUAUCAAGACGUCAGGCUUUGUACAGACAGCCUUUCGUUCUUCACGAAGUGGGGACCAGGCGAGUGCCUUCAAGGUACCAUCGGAUAUGGGUAGCAGUGGCACUGCAGCAGGAUUGAACACGGUUAGUGUCGCAAGCGGCCAGUAUGAGGCAUUGGUACGCGAGCGGGCCCACGAGGCGGCCAUUUUUGGGAUAGGACAUUCUCAACCCCUCGAUAGCCUCUGUUUGGGUGCGCGGCCCAGUGAUGAUGGCGGCGGUGGUAGUGAUGGUGGUCAAAAGUUCGUGCCCACUACGCAAGUGGUCAAAGAGAUUGUUCAUCCUUGUUUGAAAAAGAAUAAGGCGUUGGCCUAUCGUGAGUGGGCGGCUCGACUAAAUGACUUAGCCAAUGCACGACGUCAGUCACGACAGUCGGUUACCUCACAAUGA